AUGGCUGAUGAAUUAGUUUCAACACUUUCUAAGAGACAAUUAGUUUCCACGAUGAUAGGAUCUGAUUGUCUGCAAAGUGUUCUUUCCAAAAUGUGUGAUUUUUUGCAAAAACACGAAGAUAAAAUAUAUACUCUUCUUGAUAAGAUCGAAAAGAAAGUCGAGAACGAAGAAUACUUGAAAAAGAUAGACGAAAUUAAUCAAGCUAUUACCAAAACAAAUGAAACAAUCAAUCACAAUAAACAAGAAUUUACAGAUUUCGCGGAAAAAAUGCAAAAACAGCUUGAUGAAAUAGUUGCAAAACAAGAUAGAGAUCAAGUUACAGUCAUGGAUAAGAUUGAUGAAACUCAUAAAGCACUUCAAGAUCAAGUUCAAGCUCAGCAUCUUAUAAGUACAACUUCUAUCUCAAAACUUAAUCAAAGUAUAACGGAAGUUCGAACACUUCAAACAAAUGUUAAUAAUGAUGUACAAGAAAUGCGUGAAUUACUAAAACAAACUGGAAUUUCAACAUUAAAUAUUAUGAUGGAACGUUUAGAUCAAGAUGAUGAUAAAUUCGAUGCAUUUAACAACUCAAUUAACAAUAUACAAGACCGUAUUGAACAGCUUGGACAACAUUUUGGCGAAAAUCUUGAUACUUUCAAACAGCAGACUUCACAAGAUAUUACACGCAUUUCUCGUCAAUUAGAUGACAUACAAACACAAUUCAUGACAAAUGAUAAACUUAACGCACCAGUAUCACUUGAUGACGUUAGCGAAGCAGAUAUUACUCCAUUGAUAUUAGCUGUUCAUAGAGAUACAAGAAGACUUGAUGGUGUUGAUCAGCAAAUUUCUUCGGUCAGAUUAGAAUGCGAAAAUAUUUCAGGGGCAAUGGAGAAUGCUCAAGUUGCAUUACAAAAGUUUAAUCACUCUAUUUACGAUUUCCAAUGCCAAUUGGAUGGAACGAGAAAUGAAAUUUUAUCAAGAUUCCAAUUACUCGAUCCAUUCUUCAAAUGGCUUGGAGCAAAUGUCAGAGAUUUAUGGAGUUUCUUACAACAAGUGGGAGCAUCCACAUUCCAUGUCGCUUCUUCAUCACUUCGAGCACAAGAUGAUUUAUAUAAUUUAAUAAGUACGAUUUCAACAAGACCUCUUCCUCCAAUUCACUCCCUUGAUGAAAUUAUCAUCGAGUCAAGCUCUACACAAGAUCAACUCCACGAAAGAAGAAUGAAUGUUGACUUCGAAAAGCAAUUUGGAGAUGUUAAAGGUAUUUUCAAGAAGAGAUGGAAAACUCCAAUAUCUAAAGAAAAACCUAACGAAAUUCCUGACUUCAAGAAGACGCUAGAACCUAAAGCUCCUUCAGCUUUGAUUGAAAAAACAGGAGUUCUCAAUAGGAAAGGGCCUGUUACAGGUGUUAAAGAAGAUCCAAUGUUAAUGAUCACUCUUGAAGAGAUUAGAGUUAAAAUUAACAAGUUUGAACAGAAUAUUCCUCAAUUUACUGAUGAAGUUCAAAAUAUUAUUAAAUCAAUGUCAACGAAAUUGGACACAAAGAUGGCUAUCGCCGAUUCUGAUCGUCUGUUUGAAACUGUUCAGCAUACAUUGAAUAAAUUGCAAACAGAUAUGGAUAAUUUGAAAGUCAAGGUUGUUGAAACUCAAUUAAACAAUAAAUACAUACCAGAAGAUCAUAUGAAUCUAGCUGAUUCCUUUGUAGCAAUUAGUUCUCGGCGAGGAGAUCUAAGUGCUUCAAGUUUGCAAGUUCGAGGACCUCACAUGACUCGACCUUCAACGGCUCAGUCCACAAAGCCGAAAACUACACGGCCUAAGCCUAUUCCAAUGACGGCAAACAAGUUGGCAUCUGAUAAUCUUCAAGUUAAUGCUGUAGGGUUUUAA